AUUAAAAUGUUAAAAUUAUUUAUUACAUUGUCAGUUUUGAGUUGCGCACUUGGUGCUGCUAUACCAGAUGGUAUGUUACCACAGCAGGAUGGUCGCAUUAUCAAUGGAACUAAAACAACAAUAAAUAAUUUCCCUUGGCAGAUAUCUUUACAGCGUAAUGGUGCACACUCCUGCGGUGGUUCUAUAUAUAGUGAACAUAUUAUUGUAACUGCAGCUCAUUGUCUACAAAACGUUUCACCAACCAUAUUGAAAGUCAGAGCUGGUUCCUCUUAUUGGAAUAAUGGUGGUAUGUUGUCUGGUGUCGCUGCUUUCAUAAAUCACGAAGGUUAUAACUCAAUAACGAAAUCUAAUGAUAUUUCUAUAAUACGUUUAAGUACGCCCUUGAUUUAUAAGUCAACAAUAAAAAACAUUCCAUUGGCGACAACUUCUCCUGAUGACGGAGCACCUGCUGCUGUUUCUGGUUGGGGCGUUACUACUUUUGGCGCUGCUGCUGUUCCAAAUCAGUUGCUUUUUAUCGAUCUUAACAUUAUUAGCAGAUCGAAAUGUGCAUCUAGUACUUAUCGUUAUGGUCCGCAAAUUAGAUCUUCCAUGAUAUGCGCUGCUGAUGCUGGUAAGGAUGCUUGCCAAGGUGAUUCUGGUGGCCCAUUAGUUUCAAAUGGUGAGCUAGUUGGCGUAGUGUCCUGGGGUUAUGCAUGUGCCUAUGCGAAUUUCCCAGGUGUCUAUGCGGAUGUUGCUGUGCUACGUUCUUGGGUUCUUGAAAAUGUCGAAACUAUUUAGAUAAAAAUAAAGAAAUAAAUAUAGGCUUACCAAUACUUGUUAU